GAUCCAGAAUUCCAUCAAAAUCGUUGAAGAGCCGCCGGAUAGUUUAGGAAGAAACUUGCUGCGCAUCUACAACAACCCUCCCUUAAUAGGUAAGGGAUUUUUCUAUGGCUGUCCUGGUAAGCAGGAAGUAUUUUCCAGGCUCCUGUUCGCUUUAUGCAACUUUCACACUUUGCUCCAGCAGCGGCGUAAGUUCAGGAACUGGAAUAUGAUUUGGAGGUUUGAGGAGGCAGAUUUUGCGCAUUUAUUGGAGCUUUUGAGGGAGAGUGUUAACGAGCAAAUUUGCCUGUUUGAGAAAGUUUACUUUGUUAUUGGCGAGUGUAUUUACAACGGGCAUUUGGGCAGCAGCCAUGAAAAGAGUUUUGUUCUGGAAAUGCUCAAGACUUGUGUAAGCGAGAAGGUUCUGGGAAAAAAUCCAGGACAGUCUAAUGGAGGUCGGAUUCAGACUCUCCCCAGCAAGAAUGAUCGACGCGACUAUUUGAGGCACAUUGAGGGCCUGCCAGAGCAGGAGGCAGCUGAUUCGCUCUAUUUGACUGAGCAUCAGUUAUCCGAACAGCAGUUAUUAACAUUCAGGAAUUUUUCGGCUACUGGUUCCCAAAUGCUUCAAACUCUACAGCCAAGCAGUAGGAACCACAAAGGAACUUUUGCCUCUGUAGACGAGCUAAUCGAGCUGAUUCCAGCAAACAUCCAAAAGAAGUUUGUCGAAGACUUUCUAACCAGAGAAAGUCGUAUGUAUCGCAGGCUUUUGGAGAGAAUCCGGGCAGAUUUCAGGCAUCUGAAGUUGGCAUUGCAAGAAGACUUGGAGCUGAGUGAUUCUUUAGAGGACAUUGACCUAAAUAUCUUGCAAAACACGGUGCCAAAAGCUUGGCUGAAACUGUGCUACCCCACUUUGGCCAGUCUGGCACAAUUUGUGAAGGACCUUUCGAAAAAUGUGUGGUUUUUGGAAAAUUUUACACCAAACACCUAUUUAGUAAGAACGCUUUUCUUUCCCCGGGCGAUUUUGGCUUCAGGAGUUCAGGAACUGGAAUGUGAUGUGGAGGUUUGAGGAGGCAGAUCUUGGGCAUUCAUUGGAGCUUUUGAGGGAGAGUGUUAACGAGCAAAUACGCCCGUUUGAGAAAGUUUGCUUUGUUAUUGGCGAGUGUAUUUAUAACAGGUAUUUGGGCAGCAGCCAUGAGAAGAUGGAAGUCCUGCCGCUCGAUAAUUCCAUAUCGGUUCUGCGUUGAGCUUUCGGGAAAGAACCUAUACGAGUAACACGCAACUUUUCAA